CCCAAUCGCAUUCCGCCAUUUCUUCCCCAGUGUGUCGAGGGGCCAUGCGGGGACGUCGUUAGAUUGCCGAGAUUUCUGUUUCCGCACUGUUUGCUGCCAAUAUGGCGCCGGAGAGCCAACACCGAGUGCAGCGGGAUAGCAUUUACGGGGGCGCACCUCGUGAGCCGGAUGCUACGAAGAUGUAAAUACGCUCGAGAUACGGUUAACAAAUAUAAUGUGACGAAAAAAACAACGAAUCUUAGUCAUGAUAAGGCAAAGAACCGUCUCGAUGGUUUUACCGUUGCUAAACCUGUUGAAGUAUUUAAAUGAGGAGAAUACUUUCAUUUAAAGCUUAUAUUUUAUACUUUUCUACUUUUUUCUGCUUUCCUUAUGCUUGAUGAUCUAGUUUUUGGUGUGUUCUACUUCAAUGCCUCAACACGCUUCUGGUGCGAUCAAAUGAGGUUAGGUAAAGUUAAAAGCGUGUUUCACCUGAACGCAAUUUGAGGUUGUGGUUCGUGAUUGAGCUCAUUAGCACCCAGUUGCUACAAAUCAGAGGGUCAACUUGGAACAGAUUGCUCCCCUAUGCACAGUGCAUGCACUGGUUGAAAUUUAGCGCCACCUGUUCUUAAUGCAGUAUAGAAUAAACCUAAUUUUAUGCUUAUUUAAUAACGGCAUUUUCAAAAAAUAUGAUUGUUGUUGCACUGCCCAUUACCACAAAAGAGCUAUUAACACAGCAGGCUAUGGUCGACAGAAUUGUUUUUGGCACAAGUAGGCUGCGAUUGAGCUGCGAUUCUACCAAAGCGCGUCUGUCAAACUACAGUAAAAUUCACGAAAAUGCCACGCCGUGAUACUCGCGCCAAAUCCGUCCCAUCAUCACCCCGCAAAUCUUCCCCAAUCGAUACAUCAAAAUCUAAACAAGGGACAGGUCAAACUCCACCACACAAUGCAACCGAACCGUCGAAAGCAACGUUACCUCCCACCGUAACUACACCAGCUCCAGGAUCCGGGCUCUUCUCGCAAAUGGCAGCUACGGCCGGCGGUGUAGCGAUUGGAUCCGUCCUGGGCCGUGCGCUGGGAGGACUGUUCGAAAAGUCUUCCGAAACAAAGGAACAACCUGCGGUUGGCGUUGACAAGGAGAAACAAUCGGCAAUGGAGUCGUCUGCUAGCAGUGCACCGGAGAAUGAUGAUCCCGUAGAAGAAUGUACCAUGGAAAUUAAGCAAUUUCUUUCGUGUGUCGGUAAGGAAGCGGAUGAAAAAAUUUGCGAAGGGUUUAAGGAAGCGAUGAAGCAGUGUAAAGCUAAGGCCGCAUCGAGAAUAUCGCUGUUUGAUCAUCUGUAGUGUGGUGUGAUCCUAUUUCGGAUUUUAAGCUUCACAUCAUCCCCUUCUACAUGCUUGUACGGACAAUUCAGUAAGGAAUAAAAAAAACAUUCAAAAAAUAAAAGGUUCCAUCUCAGCCAUACAAAAAGAGCGAAGUUCUGGAUGAUUGGUAAUGCCAUGAUAAUGAUACCGAACAACCCAACCCGUAGAAUACGUUUUACGACCGUCCACACGUCAGAUGAUGCUUGGUAAGCUCAAACAGAUGAAAUAAUAGGAAACGAGCAUAUACUGCUAAUUAUUAUUAUUAUUUUUGUUUUGUUAAUAAAUGCUGGUAAAAUUUAAAAACUGCACAUUCAAUUCUAAUUUACAAUGAAUUAAGAAUUAAUAAAAUAAAUAUUUACGUGCGUUUUUGCCACCAUGCUGCACGAUCCAUUUUACCGCCGUAAAGCAGUACAAACAUUUCCCGCUAGAUGGCGCCGCAAGCACUACAAAGCUGCAUACAAGCUGCGGCUACAGGAUGAUGCUCGCGACAACCGCACUGCUGUUUGAUUGCGCCUUUGUAGAAAAUUUGCAAACUAAUGGUUUUAAUUUGUAUUUUAUGUUUAAAAAAAAUUAACUACUUUUGAUUACUUGCCGCUUAUUAUGAUUAAACCCGAUUUUUACGAUUGCGAACCAAUCCUUCGGUACGGCUAGUGUUGGCCGUGCGUAUAUUUCCGUACACGCCAGCGGCAAAGCAACA